GAACAAAGGCAUAAGACGAGGAUGCUCGGCUAAUUUCCCCUCUCCCUCUCCUCCUCACCGCUGCCCGUCCAGGCGUCCUCUCCUUUACGCUGAUCGCUGGAAGAUCAUACAUUCAGUCUGGGAACUUUUUAUGACCUCGUCAUGGCCUUGGAUUCUUUUCCUAUGUUCUUCACCGUUCGCGCCAUCACAUUCACUUGCAUCGUCUUUCUGGCCUUGGUCUGGCUAAUACUUGUAUCCGUCGAGAUGUUCACUCGGUGGAACAUCUCAGACGCUACUUCCCAAUCGUUAAUGUUCGUCCUCAUACUCACGAACGCAGUAACCAUCUUCAUUCCACCAGUCUUGUUGAUACUCGAGUUUCGAAUAUGGCUUGACGCCGCACGCCUCUUAUUGAUAUUUGUUCUGCAGACAGGCGCUGCUAUCGCUUUCACGUGUUGGAGUCCCCAGAUUCAAUGUCCAGAUCAAACUGCCGAUGACAUGGGCGUAUGCAAGCUCCUCAACGCAUACACUGUCAUGGCAUGCUGGAUCAUUCCGACCAUCUCACUGUUCUACAUCGUCUACUUUGUCAUCGUGGUGUAUAUGCAGUCUCGGAUGCCUGACACCGUAGAUUCGCCCAUAGUUGUUCCUUCUUCGGCACAGCCAUCAGUACUUCCAAUUAUGGACCCAGAAAUGGGGGAGAAGCGGUGUUCGAUUGUUCGGGGGUCGUCGGAUUCUGGGCCAAACACUCGGAGCCGUUCAUCACAGCCUGGGCCGCCAUUACUGCCGCUUGUACUCCCUCAACGCCAACUCACGCUUCCAGUGCAAAGCCAGUCAGUUUCUACGAGCCCGCAGCGUCACAGAUCCCUACCCGCAACCCAUCACCUUACGGGGGGCCCCGCCCCACGACGAACCACGACCCUUUCCAUUCCAGCACCUCUAGCACCACAGUCGCAAUUCCAACCGGUUUCUAGACCAUCGUCGCAUCUACAAGCAGGCGUUGUGGGUUCGCGACCGCCGGUGCGACAUUUGUCGAUGAUACCACCACCCAGCAAAAGUAGAUCUUUUUCAUCCGAAGCGGGGAGUUCCCCGAUCACCGAGAGUCCCACAGCGCGAUCCGUACUCUUCAAGGCUGGACCUUCGUACCUCAUGUAGCUGCAUAA